AUGGAUUUAGUAUCAUUGCACUUUGACUAUUGCAUGUUUCAGUCUGAGGAUUAUCUACCUCAGAAACAUGUCAAAGUGCAAAAUAGUGCACUUUUUGAAAUAUCGAAGUCUUAUUUCAACACAGUGAUUUUGCCAAAAUCUAUUAAAGUACGAUUCACGCUUAUAUCUGAGAAAGAAGCCUAA